UUUUACAGCGGGGCUCUGGCCCUUUAAGAGCCUGUCUUUCCGGCAGUGGUAGAGGGCAGAGCAGUUUGGAGCCAGAGACUGCAGCACAUCCUCAGCUGCUGCUAGCCCACCUCACCUCACAACACAGCACAGCGGACAGGCAGCACCGGCCAGCCUCCCGGUUCACAUCACUACAGACCGCGUCCUGGAGGGGAAUGGGGGGCACCUAGCCCGCAUAGCUAACUAACUUGAUUUCCUAGAAGCGGAGAAGGCUCACGGCCGGCGGUCCAGCAACAUGGUAUCCUGGAUUAUUUCGAGGAUAGUAGUCCUUGCCUUUGGGACGCUCUAUCCAGCAUACUCCUCAUACAAGGCUGUCAAAACGAAGAAUGUGAAGGAAUAUGUGAAGUGGAUGAUGUACUGGAUAGUAUUUGCGUUGUUCACUACAGCAGAGACGGCCACAGACCUGCUCCUAUCAUGGUUUCCAUUUUACUUUGAGCUAAAGAUUGCCUUUGUGAUCUGGCUCCUGUCCCCAUACACCAAGGGCUCCAGUGUCCUCUACCGCAAGUUUGUCCACCCAACCCUGUCCAACAAAGAGAAGGAGAUAGAUGAGUACAUCGCACAGGCCAAAGACAGGAGUUAUGACACUAUGAUGAGGUUUGGAAAGAGGGGUCUCAACCUGGCUGCUAAUGCUGCUGUCACCGCAGCCACCAAGGGACAGGGCGUGCUGUCAGACAAGCUGCGGAGUUUCAGCAUGCAGGACCUGACUCUCAUCACCGCUGACGAUGAGCUGUCUCUGCACACUUCAGACGCCCGCAUGAGACGGGACCCCAUGGACGAGAUGAGCUCAGGGGCCAGCACGCUGCCCCGGGCCAAGAGCACCACUGCACGGCAGACCCGCUCUUUAGCAGCCACAUCCCUUGCGGAUGACACGUCAUCCCAACACGGCUCUGACCAAUCAGACACAAGGACUGAACACUCUGAUGAAGAUGUGGGAGAAAAAGCCCCCAAACGCGCUACCAGUGUCAAGGCAACCAAGAAACCUGCUGCUGCUAAGACAGAGACUCAAACCAAGACGGUGAAGAAGCCGACAAAGAAAAAGGCCACGACUAGUAAUGCAGAGACGCCACCGUGAGGCCUGCUGCCCACACUCACCGGCUUACACUCGCUCCACCCACAGCCUGCAGGCCCUUCUUCCUCUGUUUGGUCUCCACACAAACACAUAUACAUUGUAUAUAUCAAGUACUGACAUUGUGUCACUUUUGCUAGUUUUUAGAGCAAAGUGCAGAUUUGGUUUUUAGCAGUUUGUGGCCACCCUUAGGUUGGGAACAGUUCUUUUACAUUUACUGGGCUGUUGCAUAUUUUGUCUCACUCUUUACUUAAUGUGAGCUCAUCUCAGAUUGAACAGUCAAAUGUUUCUGAGAUGUUUUUUUUGUUUUGUUUUUUUGUUUUUUGGGUUUGAUAAUGGUUAGUGAUAAAUUCAGAAAUGCUGCUUUUUCCUUUUACCCCUAGACACAUAUGUAGGUCCCCAUAGUGGAUGAGCACGUAAGCUGGUCAUGUGCAGUUUUCCAGUCUCAUUAAUCAUACUGAUUCCUGUUCUGCUGCUGACAUUGUGACAUUCUCAAUUGAGGCUGUUUUUGCUUAAAGUAUCUCCAGUAAAAUAUUACAUUCUUCACUCUCACACUCCUAGUUCUCUAGAUUUGCUUACCCUCUCGGUGCAUGCAGGCCACAAGUCUGGGUCUUCAACCGGACCUGGUCAUGGUGGUGGAAAUCUUCAGAUGCUGUUGUGUCCGAAGCACAGACAUUAUAUUGUGCCUGAUGUUUUUACUGAGGAAUGAGGUGGUUGAGAUUAGCUCUAAGGCCUGCAUUAACCAAUAGUUAUAGACAUCCUUAUGACUGUUUCAGACCUAAUAGUUCCCACUUUUGAUUACAGCUCAGCUCACAAUACAUGUCAUUCAGCCACCACCAUGUCCUAGCUCAUGUGUCCAGUUUCACAGGGUUAUUGGUGAUCAAACCUGUUUUGGUUCUCUAUUUUACCUUAAUUUUAACUGCAUUUUAGGCCUCACAGCUCGUGGAAGAAUUUAAGUUCAGCGUCUCCUCAUUAAGUCUAUAUACCUCUGAGUGAGUCUGGCUCUGCUAAGUUCAGGUCUCACUUGUGGCAAUUUUCUUCCUCACUGCUUUUAUGUGACUUUCAAGUCAUGAGCAGUACUGGUGAUGGAGGGGUUUGUUUAGUGUUUGCUUAGUCAUCCUUCAUCUAGACAUCACUCUCUUAGGUUAUAUUUAUCCGUGAUCAUUUAUUUAUUACGCUUCUCUUUGAUCCAGUUCUUCUGGUCAUGUGAUAACUAUGAUCAGUUGUGCAUAGCCGGACCUCUUAAGGUAACACUGUAACUGAGUGAUGGUAGCACUCUUUUCCAAUAAAUACAGUAGUCAUAGAAGAGUUUCUGGUGUUUGUGAGGUAACAUAUCACUUUCAUUACAGUAGUGAUGUCUGAAUAUUGUUUGCGUUCUCCCUCCUUUUACCCAGCUGUGUGGUGACACUUUGCCUCUUUAUAAUAUUGCUACAUCUUAGAAACCAGGAUAAAGCAAAGCAAUAUGGAAAUAAUUAAACCAAAACCAACAUCAGGAGACUGUGAGGAAUCAUUUUCUCAUCCCCGUGCUGUUGUUCAGAUGUGGAGGGCGUGUCAGACCAGGCUGUGGGUGUUUCUAAACACCCUGGACUUUUGUUCUGGGAUCGGCUCUUCUGGUUGCCAGCCAGCCUGGUUUCCUCUGAGUGCUCUGUAAUGAGAGAGUUAAAAGCAUGAGACUACUUCUGCACUCAUUACUGCUGUUUACAGUGUGACAUUAGUGUGAACCAGUAGGGGGAGACAAAGCCCACCUCAACUGUUGGCAGAGUUACUAAACAAUAUGUAAACACAAUGUAAAUAUUAACCUUGACUGUAUAUACAGUAUGAGCUUGCUUGCCUUAUUCAUUCUCUGGCCGUAAAUCCAUUUCAUUUUUUAAUUAUUUCUGUGCUUUUUGUUUUUUAUUCUUAGUCUUGACAAAUCACAUGUUCUGAAACUGGAAGAAGCUCGGACUUCACCAGUACCGACUUCUGGUGUUAGAAGUGAUUUUUGUAUUUUUAACAUGUUUCCUUUUCUUUUUCUGUCUUUUCUUGUUAAGACAUUUUAACUCCUCUCCAUCACAAAGUAGGGCCUCUCCAGACUGAGUCUAAACUGAUGUUUGUACACUCACUAUGUAGCCUACUCUACUCAGACUGGUUAUUCAGUAUUUUAGGGCCAAAAGUUGAAAACCAGCCUGUUUGGUUGUUUUUUUUCUUCUUAAUUUAAUGUUUGCACUGAAUAGAAAGAAUACGGCACAUAUUCAAAAGACAUUUUGUCUUAUCAAGAUACAACCCUGCAUUUUUAUCUUGUGUUCAUGCCAUUUUUGGAUAUUUAUUGUUGUCAUUUUCUGUUUAAAAUCAGUAUUGUAUACAGGGAUGUUCAUUUGUAUAUUGUUUGUGCCAAUACUCCAAGCUCCAUGUCGAAAAGGAUUACAGUAUGUGCGCUGGGACAAUGGUAUCUAACAAGGUCAUGUAUCAGUAAUAAAACUACUAAUAAAGGAGAUGAAAUCAG